AUGUGUAAUCAUAGUUGAAUUACACUGUUUACUUUGUAAUUUCAAAUGAGAAGCAAUAUCUUAACAAUUUAUGGCGUAUUUCGGCAAUAGCAACAAAGAUAAGACAGCUUUUACUCAACUAAUUGUGCGUAACAUAAUCGAAUUCAUUGCCACAUCAAAACGAAUGCGAACAUACACACUCACAAACGCAUUUACGCAGUAGUUGUAUUUGAUGUUUGCCAGCCCUUUACGCAUUGAACGAGGGCUGCAAAAGGUUCGCACCGUGAGCACUUCCUACGCAACGCAGCAACAACAACGCUAAGGUCACUGCCGGCAACAGAAUUUGGGAAGUGGGUCAAGCCAACAACAAAACAUAAACAAAGCGAGAGAGCGCGUAUUGUGUGUGUACGAGCGAGAGCGGGAUAGGGCGAGGGAGAGAGCGCAACGGGCGAGAGAGCGCGCGUUUCGAGAGCGUAAGAAACGCAUGAGUGACAGAGAGAGAAGAGAGCAUGCGUUGCUAGGGAAGCAUUUAUCUGCGGAGUUGCACAAAUGUAUCUGACAGUUUGAUUUUCAUUAUUAGAUACACAGCUGUGUUAGCUGUGUGCUGUGUGUUGUCUGCUGUCUGGUGCCCUGUGCGUGGCCGUUGUCAUUGUUAUUUGGAAAUUGAAACUCGAGCUGCGAGCAGGUUGCUGUCGAAUUAGAAUUAAAUCAUAAAUGAAAACCAAAUAAAUAUUUGUGAAAUUCAAGAAACGAUAUCGAGAGCGAGUUAAUAACGCGCAAUAAAUCGGAGGAAAUUGUGCGGAAAAGCGGAUGAAAAGUGCGCAUUUUGAGGGUGCUGCAAAUUAGAUAAACGAAAUUCAUGCAUUAAUCGACAAAUGAGACGCGUUUGAUUGUCUGCAUGGGAAAUAAUUUAACGACAAACGGAAUUGUACGGAUCGACCGGGGCAGAAUCGUAUUCUUUGACAGGAGCAUCGAGUCCCAGGCUUCAAAAGGGGAGCUUGAGAUGGCGUCGACAGCUGCAGCUGCGGGCGAAGGAGAAGCCGAAGUGACUGGCACACACAUCGAACAGUUGCCGAAUGAUCUGUGGAUCGAGAUCAUGUCUUACUUAUCCUACUUGGAUCUGCAGCAGUUGCGUUUGGUUUCGUGGCGCUGUCGCGAUUUGGUCAAUCGUCGUUACUUUCUCAACAAAGCGAAAGUGAUUGUGACCAAGGAGAAUCUGAAGGAAAUGAAAUCGCAUGUGGAGCGCGGAAUUUCCUAUCUGAGCUUCGAGUAUCUCGAGUUGCGCAACUUGACGCAGAGCAAGGAACUAGAGCAAUUCCUUCGCAUGGUGGGUCCAGAGGUGAAGGAUAUGCAGGUGCGACAUUCACCUGUCUUUCGCAACAUGGAUGGAAAGUUGCCCAACCUGAAGAUACUUCGCAUUGCCACAACGAGUUUCUUGGAGGACACGAGUGUCAGUAUCGAUGGCAUCAACAUGAAGCAGUUCUUGCAUCUGAAUGGCUUCGAGUGCGAUGGCGUUAGUCUCGACUCUUCGCUCAAGCUGCUGAUGCUGAUGCAGCUGCGUCGCAUGGAGAACAAAGUCCGACUUCGCCAUCUUCAGUUCGAGUAUCGACGGAAUAACGAGAGUGCUUUGCUGCAAGUGCUGUACGAUCAUGCGGCCACCUUGGAGUGCGUUGACAUCUUCUUCAGCUGUUCGCCGGGCAUCGAUACAACCGAUUGGUGUUUGGCCUUUGAGCAGAUGAAUCGACUGCGCACGCUGAAGCUAUCGGGCAAUUGUCACCUGGUGCUGCUUGAUGAUAUACUCGACUCCAUACCGGAGACGGCGCAGUUGCAGCAACUCGAUCUCACUGGAAUGCUCUCGCUGACCAACGAAAUGCUGUUGCGUGUGGCCAGCAAAUGGCACAAUACUUUACGUUCCCUCGAUCUCAUGUUCUGCGUGCAGCUCGACGUGCGUUGCGUUCAAGCUUUGAGGCAACUCAGCGGCUGCCUGCAAUCGUUGACCAUGGCUUAUUGUCGUGCUCUGACUGGAAGAGGAUUGGUGGAAGGAUUGACGUCGCAAACGAAUUAUACGCUGCAGGAAUUGUAUCUGGAGGAUGUGUGUUUUAUCGACGAGGCUUCCAUGUGCACCAUGCUCAAGCGUUUGCCAAAUCUGCGCAAACUUAGCUUGGACAACUGUCGACAGGCAACCACCGAUCAAACUCUGGCCACCAUCUUCCAACAUCAGACGCUGCUGCGUGUGCUGCGAAUUGAUUACUGCGUCAAGAUUACGGAUAAUGGCUUCAUUGGGUUUGGCAAGCAACCGUAUCCGAUUAGUAGACUUCGUGGCUUGCGGAAGUUGAGCAUUCGCGGUUGUCGCAACAUCACGGAUCGCAUGCUGAAGAAGGCUCUGCAAAUGCCCGAGAUGCUCAGCCUCACUCUAGAUUAUUGCAAUCGCUUGGAGACGAAGGGAAUUGCUGCAGUCAGCGUCAAUUGUCCUGCACUGCAAAUGAUUUCAUUGGCCAGUUGCUCGCUGUUGGAUGAUGAAGCUGUGCAUCUGGUUGUUAGCAAUCUGAAGCGUCUACGUAGUCUCAACAUAAGCAAUUGUUCGUUGCUCACGCUUCGCGCUUUCCAGCACAUUGCCAAGGAGGCACGCAAUCUGCGGGAUUUGGUGGCGUGCAGCAUCGAUGGCCUGGAUCACGAGGCGGCGCAGAAGAUGCUCGCCAAGGAGCUGCCAGAACUGAAGCAGGUGAUGCUAUAGCAGGAGAGGCUUGUCCACUGACUAGACGACAACAAUCCGCACGCAGGCUGGGGCACCGAUGACGAGGACGAACCGGAGAUUAUAGAGGUUGUGGUAUGAGUGGCAAGGUGUUCAAGGAGCAGAAGGAAUAGGAGAAGAGUGAGAAGGGAAAUGAAUGGGAGAAGCUAGAAGAGAAGUUGAAGACGACUCGAUAAAAGCAGCUAAGAAUUAAACAAGAAGGUGAAGGCAAUUCAAUGAGAGAAGCUAGAAGAAAAGCAGCAAAGAAUUAAACAAGAAGAAAAGCGCCAAAUGUGGAGGCAGUCAAUGAGAAGUUGAAUCUGAGAAGUUGAGCUGAUAAAAUAGAUUUGAGUGAUGAGUGAUUAAAAACAGAAGUUAAAAGAAGGGAAAGAAGUAAAAGAUGAAUUAGUAAGGAAAGAAGGAAGUAAGAAAAGUGAAGCAAGGAGAUGAAGGAGAAUAUGAAGUCGUAAGGAAAAGAAGCAAGUAAGGAAGAAAAGAAAGUGAAGCAUAUAGAUAUUUGAAAAUAAAGAGGACUUUCAGAGGCUCAAAAUAAGGAGGUUCAAACUCAGAGGAAUUGAAUGAAAUGAAUUAAUGUAAAGAGCGGAAAAGUGAGAUAGAAGACACAAAGAGAAAAUGAGGAGCAGCAUAUAGAAAGAAGGAAAAGAUAUCGGACGGAUGAAGGAGAAGCCUAAGAAGCAUAUGGAAAAAUGGAAAAUAUAUUGGACAGAGAGGAGCAUAAGGUGCAUAUUGAAAGAACGGAUGCCAGAUCAGAUGCAGAAGCAGAAGAAGCAACAGGAGCAGUGCAAUAUGAUUGAAUCUAUUUAUAAUUUAACGAAGCGUAGCCAUACAUCUAGCGUAUUAUUUGUGUUAACUAUGUUUUAUUUAUUGCUAUAAAAGUUCAAAAUGUGAGAGAAACUCUUGUUAAAACGAGGUGAAAAAACAUAAAAUUAUUUCUAGACCUAAUGUAACUAUAAUUUGUAACUAUGUUAAGUCGACUUAAGGUUUUCAACUUAAACAAUAAUACAAAAUACAAGCCAAAAAAUGAAAUGUACUUCAAUUACCUCCUAAUUCAAAAUGGAACUAAACAUAUUUCAAGCAACCUAUUCAGAGAUUCCUUAACGAAAACACCAAGCAGCUAUGCAUUACGAGUAUUUACUUAAUAUCGAAUAGAUUUACAAUUGAUAAUCUCUUUUAAUGUGAUUAACGUAGAAUCUGAAAUAGAAAAAAAGAAAACCUAGACAACUUAACGAGCUUGACUAAGACUUCGAUUGUGAGUUUGAAACGUUUUAAAAUAGACAUUUGAUAGCUACUCUGAAACACUUACAAGUAUUUACACAUACAAUAUACGAUUAUAUAACAUAUAUAUAUAUACUCAGAUAUAUAACAGAUAUCAUCACUAUAUUGCCGGCCAUUGCUAAACUAAUUGAGUGUUCAAUGUCUAUACGAGUUUACUCAAGAUCUGUCGAUGAAAGCUGAGAAGAAACAGAAAUCAAUCUAGAAAUAGUUAUAUACAAUGCCAUAUUACACAUUUCCGUAUUGUAAUUGCCCAAGUUUUGGCUAUAAUAUUUACAUAUGAAAGGUCGAUUCUCAAUUCCAUAAAUACUCUGAAACUGCGCCAAAAAGUAUGCCAAUAUAAAAUGUGCGUCGGAUUGGGAAAUCGCGACCGUUUAAUCAAUGUAAUCAUUAAUCUAACUUAAUCUACAGAAAGAGGUUUAUAAAUCGAAUCAAAUUUGAUUUCCGAAGGAGGCUGGUAGGAUAAGAAUCUCAUUUUCUUUAUUUUUAUAUUGCAUAAUCUCAUUACAAAAAGUAUUUACAUAUAAGGCACACAUAAAUAUUCAUUAUUAAGUAUUGUAAUAGCGUAUCUAAUUAAUACUGUAGAGCGUUGGAGAUUUCUCUAAUAUUAUAUUAUUGAUCAUUACCAAAAUUAAAUGCAAAUAUUUUCAACUUUGGUAAGAAUGAAUCCAUAAAAUGAUACCAAUUACCGGGGAUAGCUGGUUGAAUACGUGUCCAGUGUUUAAUGAUAUAUAUUUACUUAAUUUUACCAAGUUCUAUAUAUAAAAAUAAUGUAUACACGUAUAUAUUCAAAUUGUAGUCUUUGCAAUAUGUUUUUACAUGUGUUAAAAAGGAUGAUUUUAUCUGUUCUAAGUUGUCCUUAAUCCUACAAAUGGUUUUACCAACUAAUAUGAUAUACAACUAAUAUAAUAUAGUAUACAAUAUAAUAAAAUUUA